CGGAACUUCCUCCAGCCGGAAGCGGGCACGUACGGAAGCGUGUCCCUGGCGGCCUGCUGUCUGGCCGCGCGAUUUGAGGCAUGGCUUUCCGGCAGGCGCUUCAGCUGGCGGCCUGCGGGCUGGCGGGUGGCUCAGCUGCUGUUCUCUUCUCGGCAGUAGCGGUGGGAAAGCCGCGAGGCGGCGGGGAUGCAGACACGCGCGCGACCGAGCCGCAGGCCUGGACUGGCGCCCCGCGUCCCGGGCCCGGCGUCUGGGACUCCAACUGGGACAGGCGAGAGCCAGUAUCUCUCAUUAACCUGAGGAAAAGGAACGUGGAAUCUGGAGAAGAAGAGCUGGCAUCCAGGAUGGACCACUAUAAGGCAAAGGCUACAAGGCAUAUAUUCCUCAUCCGGCAUUCCCAGUACCAUGUGGAUGGCUCCCUGGAAAAGGACCGCACUCUGACCCCAUUAGGUCGAGAACAGGCUGAACUCACAGGGAUCCGACUUGCAAGCCUGGGAUUAAAGUUUAAUAAAAUUGUCCAUUCCUCUAUGACCCGUGCAGUGGAGACCACAGACAUCAUCAGUAAGCACCUGCCAGGUGUCUCCAGAGUCAGCACAGACUUAUUACGCGAAGGUGCCCCCAUUGAACCGGAUCCACCUGUCUCUCACUGGAAGCCAGAGGCUGUGCAGUACUAUGAAGAUGGAGCCCGGAUUGAAGCUGCCUUCAGGAACUAUAUCCACCGAGCUGAUGCCAAGCAGGAGGAGGACAGCUAUGAGAUCUUCAUAUGCCAUGCCAAUGUCAUCCGCUAUAUUGUUUGCAGAGCACUGCAGUUUCCCCCGGAAGGUUGGCUCCGCCUGUCCCUCAACAACGGAAGUAUCACCCACCUGGUGAUCCGACCCAACGGUCGUGUUGCACUCAGGACCCUUGGGGACACAGGGUUCAUGCCCCCAGACAAGAUUACGCGGUCCUGAGGCUGCCUGUAAAACUGCACCCUCUCCUCUGCUGGUGGCCUGGUUGCAGCCUUCCCUUCCUUGUCUUCCCUGUCCAGGCUGUGCUGUGGCUUCAUGUUGUCUCCAGGAAGAAGAUAUCUCAAAUGUCACAUUUGGGUGCUUAUUUCUGGCCCAGGCUGAAGAAGGCAACGUAUGGGCUAGAUGGCCUUUUGAAAGCUUUCUACUUUAGCAUUACUACACUAGCACAGCCCUAUGAGGUGUGACAGGAACUUUCUCAGACAGAAGACUGGCUGUGCUGUAUCAGGUGGUUACAGCAGAUUGACUGAACAACCCAUAACCUCUGGCACAAAACCUGUCAGGUAGUAUGGUGGUUGUUUACAACUGAUAAUUUCAUAUACUCCAAUCUAGGAAUUUUUGUUGCUGAAAUAUUUAUCAAAGAUUUUCCUCAUGUGGUUCUUGCUUUGAAAACCAACUUGUCAGCUCAGUUAAGAGCUCCUGUGUCUAUUGCAGCUAAAUGAAUUGAAGGACAAAAGGACUGACUUCCUAUAAGGUAGAUAUAUGCCAUGAAAGAAGUGGCAUAUACAGGCCACAAAAAGGCUGUGGCCUGUAUAUGGCAAGUAGGUGACAGCCAUGUGAGAGGUUCUUUGGAGGUAAUGAAACAGCCCCCACUGACUGACCAGAGGAGGCGGCAUAUGCUUACUAGCAUGUGGGAGGCAAAGGCAGGAUCAUGAGUUUCUAGCCAGCCUGAGCUAUGUAGAAAGACUGAGAAAAAUAUUCCAGACCGACAGCUUCAUCUUAGGUUGUUACUGGCUAUUGUUAACCUUUGGGCUUGUAGAUUAUUUAGAAAUGAUGUGUUUACUCCAGAUAUUCUGAUAACUUAUGAAAAAACUGAUUUGUGUAUAUGUGUGUUUUUUUUUGUUUUUUGAGACAGAAUCUUAACUGUUGCCUAGGCUGGCCUCAAGCUUGAGACCCUUCUCAGGCUGUGCAUGUUGAGAUUGCACAUAUACACUACCACACCUGGCCAAAAACCAAACAAAACUACAGUACAGUUUCUAUGCAGUGGUUGUGAGCAUUUCCUGUAAUCAGUACAAUGAUUUGGAAUAUCUGACCCAUCUCUCUGUCCUUUUUGGAAAUAAGUAUGUAAUAAAGUUUUACUUUUUUGUUA